AUGAACAAAUUCAUUUAAAAUCUAAGAAAAAAUGACUUCUUUAGUGUGACUUAUUUUCCAGCAAUUUCAGAUGGAUUUAAUUUUAAUCAUUCUAGUGUUUUAGGUGGAAUGAUAUCUAUUUUCAUAGCCAUUUUGAGUUUGAUGUAUGGUAUCUAUUACAUAUACAUAGGGUGGACUUAUUAAUUAUUGCCUAAAGUGACAUCUGAUUUAAAUUAAUUCAGUGAGAAAGACAAUUUUGGUUAACUUAAGAAUUUUAUAAAUAUUAAACCACCAUAUCAAUAAGGAUGGUCUCCAAUUGACCCUUUUAAAAGAGAUGAAAUUAUUCUUUAACCAUUAAUUUAGAUGAUAUUGAAUUCAAAUGGUAACCUUUACUCUCUAAUAAAUAAGUAAAUGAUGUCCUAAACAUUAAUCUACAUAUGAAUUACACUAAACAAUAUUAUAUCAUAUUCACACUUUGUAAAGAGGAUUAUCUACUUGAUCAAUAGAAAUGUGCAUCUGAAGAAACUAAAAAUCUUUACCUUAAAUAACAUGGAAAUUCUCUCUAUAUUGAAAUUUAAUUUACUACCAUCAAACCAUCAAAAUUUGAACCUUAAAUUUUUGAAAGAACAUAUCAAAUUCAUAUACAUUCCUAAGCAGAAAUGUAUUCAUCCAUUAUCCUACACUAUUAGAUGAAUCAUUAUUUAAUAGAUAGAGCAUUUCUAUUCUCAACAACUGGAUAAGAAGAACACAAUUUUAUAUAUCAAAUUCAUUAAAUUAUCCACAAUAUUCCUUAAAAGAUUAUUGUGAUAAGUAAUUUUUACCUAAUACAUAUGAAGCUUUUUUUGUAUUAUUUCAAUAGUAAUAUUAUACUGUUUAAAUUGUAUAUCCACCUAUUAGUGAAGUAUUUGCAGCAAUAGGUUCUAUAAUCAGUAUACUAUUUUCUGUAAAAUUUAUUAUCACCAUAUUAAAUCUACAGUAAUUAAAAUAAGAUGUUUUAGAUGAUAUUAUGACAUAAUAUUAUCCUGAAAUCAAACAAUUUUAAAUCAUUAAAAAUUGGUUUGGCAAAAUUAUUUAAGUUAAAUUUAAAGGUCUACAAGUUGAUAUUUCUAGUUAUUUUUAAUUUUAGAAAUAGAUUCAUUUUCAAAUGGCAUGUAAACUUAUAUGAAAUUUCUAGAUUCCAAUUUAUACUCUUAUCAAUAAAAAUAAGAACUGAAAUAGAAAGAGUUCUUAAUAGUGGUAUUAAAGUUCCUAUUUAAUUAUCAGAGUCUGGAGAUUCUUAUACAAUUACAUAAGGUUAAGUGA